GGCUCGGCUGCUCCGCAGCUCGCGCGCGCCCGCCCGCCGGCCCGCCCGGCGCCGGGCCAUGGCGCUGCUGCGGGAUGUGUCGCUGCAGGACCCACGAGACCGCUUCGAGCUGCUGCAGCGCGUGGGGGCCGGGACCUAUGGCGACGUCUACAAGGCCCGCGACACAGUAACGUCCGAACUGGCCGCGGUCAAGAUAGUCAAGCUAGACCCAGGGGAUGACAUCAGCUCACUCCAGCAGGAAAUCACCAUCCUGCGUGAGUGCCACCACCCCAAUGUGGUGGCCUACAUUGGCAGCUACCUCAGGAAUGACCGCUUGUGGAUCUGCAUGGAGUUCUGUGGAGGGGGGUCCCUGCAGGAGAUUUACCAUGCCACCGGGCCCCUGGAGGAACGGCAGAUUGCCUAUGUGUGCCGAGAGGCAUUGAAGGGUCUGCACCAUUUGCAUUCUCAGGGGAAGAUCCACAGAGACAUCAAGGGAGCCAACCUUCUCCUCACCCUCCAGGGAGAUGUCAAGCUGGCUGACUUUGGGGUAUCAGGCGAGCUGACGGCAUCUGUAGCUAAGAGGAGGUCUUUCAUUGGGACUCCAUACUGGAUGGCCCCGGAGGUGGCCGCCGUGGAGCGCAAAGGUGGCUACAACGAGCUGUGUGACGUCUGGGCUCUGGGAAUCACUGCCAUCGAGCUGGGCGAGUUACAGCCCCCUCUGUUCCACCUGCACCCCAUGAGGGCUCUGAUGCUCAUGUCAAAGAGCAGCUUCCAGCCACCCAAGCUGAGAGACAAGACUCGCUGGACCCAGAAUUUCCACCACUUCCUCAAGCUGGCCUUGACCAAGAACCCCAAGAAGAGGCCAACAGCAGAGAAGCUUCUGCAGCACCCAUUCACAACCCAGCAGCUCCCUCGGGCUCUCCUCACACAGCUGUUGGACAAGGCCAAUGACCCCCAUCUGGGAACCCUGUCCCCAGAAGACUGUGACCUGGAGACUUACGACACAUUUCCAGACACCAUUCAUUCCCGGGGUCAACGAGGCCAGGCCGAGAGGACCCCCUCGGAGAUCCAGUUUCACCAGGUGAAAUUUGGCGCCCUGCGCAGGAAGGAAACGGACCCGCUAAAUGAACCGUGGGAGGAGGAAUGGACGCUGCUGGGGAAGGAAGAGCUGAGCAGGAGCCUGCUGCAGUCAGUCCAGGAGGCCCUGGAGGAAAGGAGCCUGACCAUCAGGCCGGCCCUGGAACUCCAGGAGCUGGACUCCCUGGACGAUGCCGUAGGAACCAUUAAGCGAGCCCCGUUUUUGGGGCCAUCCCCCUCUGAGCCUCCUGCUGAGGACCCUUUAUCCAGCCCAAGAGGAACCCUGCCCCCACCUCUGCCAGGCGCCGACAGCCCCCCACUGCUUCCCACCGCCUGGGCCACCAUGAAGCACCAGGAGGAUCCUGAGAGAUCGUCCUGCCACGGGCUCCCCCCGACCCCCAAGGUGCACAUGGGUGCCUGCUUCUCCAAGGUUUUCAAUGGCUGCCCCCUGCGGAUCCACACUGCGGUCACCUGGAUUCACCCUGUCACCCGGGACCAGUUCCUUGUGGUGGGGGCCGAGGAAGGCAUCUAUACCCUCAACCUGCAUGAACUGCACGAGGAUACACUGGAGAAGCUGAUCUCACACCGCUGCGCCUGGCUCUACUGUGUGAAUAAUGUGCUGCUGUCACUCUCAGGGAAAUCAACACACAUCUGGGCCCAUGACCUCCCGGGCCUGUUUGAGCAGCGGCGACUACAGCAACAGGUUCCCCUCUCCAUCCCUACCAACCGCCUCACCCAGCGUAUUAUCCCCAGACGCUUUGCCCUGUCCACCAAGAUUCCUGACACCAAAGGAUGCCUUCAAUGUCGUGUGGUGCGGAACCCCUACACGGGCAGCAGCUUCCUGCUGGCCGCCCUGCCCACCAGCCUGCUCCUGCUGCAGUGGUACGAGCCACUGCAGAAGUUCCUGCUGCUGAAGAGCUUCUCCAGUCCCCUGCCCAGUCCAGCAGGGAUGCUGGAGCCCCUCGUGCUGGACGGGAAGGAGCUGCCCCAGGUGUGCGUGGGGGCUGAGAGCCCUGAGGGGCCGGGCUGCCGAGUCCUGUUCCAUGUCCUGCCCCUGGAGGCUGGUCUGACUCCAGACAUCCUCAUACCACCGGAGGGGCUCCCAGGCUCGGCCCAGCAGGUGACCCAGGUGGACAGGGAUACGGUCCUAGUCUGCUUUGACCGCUGCGUGAGGCUUGUCAACCUGCUGGGUGAGCCCACGGCCACACUCGCGCCCGUGCUGACAUUUGACUUCCCUAUUGAGACUGUGGUGUGUCUGCAGGACAGUGUGCUGGCCUUCUGGAGCCAUGGAAUGCAAGGCCGCAGCCUGGACACCAACGAGGUGACCCAGGAGAUCACAGAUGAGACGAGGAUCUUCCGAGUGCUUGGGGCCCACAGAGACAUCAUCCUUGAGAGCAUUCCAACCGACAACCCGGAGGCUCACAGCAACCUCUACAUUCUCACCGGCCAUCAGAGCAGUUACUGAGCGGGCCGGGUGGCCAGUGGUAGUCCCCUGCCCUACCCCCAUGCCUUAGCUGCCGUCCCUUUUAGGCAGAGGGACCCCGCCCAGAUCAGAGGAGCCCAAGGCCCCUGCUCUGCUGGUCUGAAGGGCAGAAAUAAUCCUGAGAAGUUUCAGGGCUGCAGAGGGCAGGGGAGCCCACCCCACAGCCCUGUUGUAACUGGACCAGAGGAAGCUGCUGUCACCUCUCCUGCCCUGCAGGCAGCCCAGGCCCUAGUGCCCUGUGGCAGGGGUCCUGGGCAGAGGGGGGGUGGGCCCUGGGCCAUCCAUUCCAUUUUGUUCCACAUUUCCUUUCCACUUUUCCUGCCGGGAGCCUGGCCCCUAUACCCUGUCCUGGGGAACAUGGUAUUUAAUAGAGAGACUAUAUUGGUAUUAAAGCUGGUUUGAUUUUA